GCAGGGGGGCGCUCGAGCCACGUCGUUGGAACAAAUCAAAGCUUGAAGGCACAUUUCAAAGCUGGUUCCUGUUCCUGAGACAGGAGCAGGUGGUCCAGGGCGAUGUCCACACCAGAACCUCCCAUGGGAGGCAGCUCCCGCCCCGGGCCCUCCCCCGGGCCGGGGCCUUCUCCUGGGGCGAUGCUAGGCCCCAGCCCUGGGCCCUCACCCGGCUCCUCCUCUGGUCACUCCCAGCCUGGACCAUCUGGAUACGGCCAAGAAAACAUGCACUCACUACAUAAACCGGUGGAAGGUCUGCACGACAAGAACACAAAUGAGGACAGUCGUUACAGUCAGAUGAAGGGACUUUCUAUGAGGCAGGGUGGACACAGUGGCAUGGGCCCCCCACCGAGCCCCCUGGACCAACACUCACAGGGUUAUCACUCCCCUUUAGGCGGGUCAGACCACUCCAGCCCCAUUCCAUCCAAUGGGCCGCCCUCUGGGCCUCUGAUGGCCUCUUCAUCCUCCUCCUCCUCCUCUGGUGGGCCCAGCUCAGCCUCCACCCCUCUGGACAGUGGCAGUGGAGAACACUCUAUGGGUCCCAAUAAUCGCCCUGGGCCUCCAGGUAGCACCGGGCCGGGCCCCAGUCCUGGGCCGAGUAUCGCGUCCUUAGGAUCAGGUUUGGAGCCCGGCGGUCCCGCUGGCCCGGGGGGUCCGGGUGGGCCUGGGGGUCCGACUCCUUUCAACCAGAACCAGCUUCACCAGCUGAGAGCACAGAUCAUGGCUUAUAAGAUGUUGGCUCGGGGCCAGCCUCUUUCUGAACAUCUACAAAUGGCGGUACAGGGCAAACGGCCAAUGCCCAGCCUGCCCCCUGGUGCAGGGGCGGGUCCCGCAGGAGGACCUGGACCCGGGCCUGGACCUAUGGGCCCGAGCUUCACUCGGACACACGGAAUGAUAGGCCCCAACAUGCCCCCCCCGGGCCCUUCAGGAGCUCCGUCUGGGAUGCAAGGACAAAACAUGAAUGGACCUCCAAAGUCCUGGCCUGAAGGCCCCAUGGCAAACGCAGCGGCGCCCUCUAAUGCUCCUCAGAAGUUGAUCCCACCGCAGCCCACAGGCCGUCCCUCUCCCGCUCCCCCCUCUGUGCCCCCCGCAGCCUCCCCCGUGAUGCCCCCACAGACCCAGUCCCCCGGCCAACCAGCUCAGCCUAUCCCGAUGAUGCCUUACCACGCCAAGCAGAACCGCAUUACGCCCAUCCAGAAACCGUGUGGCCUGGACCCAGUGGAGAUCCUGCAGGAGCGAGAGUACAGAUUACAGGCCCGUAUCACUCAUCGGAUCACAGAACUAGAGAAUCUUCCAGGAUCUCUAGCGGGCGACCUUCGUACCAAAGCUACUAUUGAACUGAAAGCUCUUCGUCUGCUCAACUUCCAGAGACAGCUGCGACAGGAGGUGGUGGUGUGUAUGCGGCGCGACACGGCUCUGGAGACCGCACUGGACGCUAAAGCUUAUAAACGGAGCAAACGCCAGUCGCUACGAGAAGCACGAAUCACGGAGAAGCUGGAGAAGCAGCAAAAGAUCGAACAGGAGCGGAAACGGAGGCAGAAGCAUCAGGAGUACCUCAACAGCAUUCUUCAACAUGCCAAAGACUUUAAAGAGUAUCAUCGUUCAAUCACGGGCAAAAUUCAGAAGCUAACCAAAGCUGUGGCUACGUAUCAUGCUAACACUGAACGCGAGCAGAAGAAGGAGAACGAGCGCAUCGAGAAGGAGCGAAUGAGGCGACUGAUGGCGGAGGAUGAGGAGGGCUAUCGUAAACUGAUCGACCAGAAGAAAGACAAGCGGCUGGCGUACCUCCUGCAGCAAACCGACGAGUACGUGGCCAACCUCACAGAGCUGGUCCGAGCGCACAAGGCUGCACAGGCCCUCAAGGAGAAGAAGAAGAGGAGGAAGAAGAAGAAGAAGCAGAUGGAAAAUGCUGAGGCGGGACAAGCUCCUCCUCCUACACUUGGACCAGACGGAGAGCCUCUGGAUGAGACCAGUCAGAUGAGCGACCUGCCUGUCAAAGUCAUACAUGUGGACAGUGGGAAUAUUCUGACCGGAGUGGACGCACCAAAAGCUGGACAGCUGGACACGUGGCUGGAGAUGAACCCGGGAUAUGAAGUGGCCCCACGCUCCGACAGUGAAGACAGUGAGGAAGAGGAAGAAGAGGAGUUGCAGGAAGAAGAAGAAGAGCCACAGCCGUCCUCAGCGCCAGUGGAGGAGAAGAAGAAGAUCACAGACCCAGACAGUGAAGACGUGUCUGAGGUGGACGUCCGGCACAUCAUCGAGAACGCUAAGCAGGACGUCGACGAUGAAUACAGCGGGGCGGCGUUUGCUCGUGGUCUUCAGUCUUAUUACUCUGUGGCUCACGCUGUCACCGAGAAGGUAGAAAAACAGUCCUCCCUUUUGGUGAACGGACAACUCAAACAGUAUCAGAUUAAAGGACUGGAGUGGUUGGUGUCUCUCUACAACAAUAAUCUGAACGGGAUCUUGGCCGAUGAAAUGGGUUUGGGCAAAACGAUCCAGACCAUCGCACUCAUCACGUACCUCAUGGAGCACAAGCGGCUCAAUGGACCCUACCUCAUCAUCGUCCCCCUCUCAACUCUUUCAAACUGGGUGUAUGAGUUUGACAAGUGGGCGCCAACUGUCGUCAAAGUGUCUUAUAAGGGGUCACCUGCCGCCAGAAGAGCCUUUGUUCCUCAACUUCGGAGCGGGAAGUUUAACGUUUUACUCACAACCUACGAGUACAUCAUCAAAGACAAGCAAGUACUGGCAAAAAUCCGAUGGAAGUACAUGGUUGUGGACGAGGGACACCGUAUGAAGAACCACCACUGUAAACUGACCCAGGUCCUGAACACCCACUACCUGGCCCCCCGCCGGGUGCUGCUGACGGGCACGCCGCUGCAAAACAAACUACCUGAGCUCUGGGCCCUGCUCAACUUCCUCCUGCCCACCAUCUUCAAGAGCUGCAGCACGUUUGAGCAGUGGUUCAACGCCCCCUUCGCCAUGACGGGAGAGAAGGUGGACCUGAAUGAAGAGGAGACUAUACUGAUCAUCCGUCGUCUCCACAAAGUUCUCCGGCCGUUCUUGUUGCGCAGAUUAAAAAAAGAAGUGGAGGCACAGCUUCCAGAGAAGGUGGAGUAUGUGAUCAAAUGUGACAUGUCGUCCCUCCAGAGGGUGCUGUAUCGACACAUGCAGGCCAAGGGCGUCCUGCUGACAGACGGAUCUGAGAAAGACAAGAAAGGCAAAGGUGGAACAAAGACCUUGAUGAAUACUAUAAUGCAGCUCCGCAAGAUCUGUAACCACCCGUACAUGUUCCAGCAGAUAGAGGAGUCGUUUUCUGAACAUUUAGGAUUCUCAGGUGGGAUCGUGCAGGGACCUGAUCUGUACCGAGCUUCAGGGAAGUUUGAGGUUUUGGAUCGAAUCCUCCCAAAACUCAGAGCCACAAACCACAAGGUGCUGCUGUUCUGUCAGAUGACGUCUCUGAUGACCAUCAUGGAGGACUACUUUGCCUAUCGCACCUUCAAAUAUCUGCGCCUGGACGGAACCACAAAGGCUGAGGACAGAGGGAUGCUGCUGAAGACUUUUAACGACCCAGAGUCUGAGUAUUUCAUCUUCCUCCUGAGCACCAGAGCUGGAGGUCUGGGCCUCAACCUGCAGUCGGCCGACACUGUCAUUAUAUUUGACUCUGACUGGAACCCACACCAGGACCUGCAGGCCCAGGACAGGGCCCAUAGAAUUGGUCAACAGAACGAGGUGCGUGUCCUUCGCCUCUGCACUGUCAACAGUGUGGAGGAAAAGAUCUUAGCUGCUGCCAAAUACAAACUGAACGUGGACCAAAAGGUGAUCCAAGCCGGCAUGUUCGAUCAGAAGUCCUCCAGCCACGAGCGCAGGGCCUUCCUCCAGGCCAUUCUGGAGCAUGAGGAACAAGACGAGGUCUGGGGUCAGGAGCAGUGUCUCCGCAUGAAUGAGGAGGACGAAGUGCCGGACGAUGAGACGGUCAACCAGAUGAUCGCUCGAAGUGAGGAGGAGUUUGACCUGUUUAUGCGCAUGGACCUGGACCGGCGCAGAGAGGAAGCGCGUAACCCUCGCCGUAAACCUCGGCUGAUGGAGGAAGACGAGCUGCCCACCUGGAUCAUGAAGGACGACGCUGAGGUGGAGCGUCUCACCUACGAGGAAGAGGAGGAGAAGAUGUUUGGGAGAGGCUCCAGGCAGAGAAAGGAAGUCGACUACAGCGACUCACUCACGGAAAAACAGUGGCUCAAGGCAAUAGAGGAAGGAACUCUAGACGAGGUGGAGGAGGAGGUAAAGCAUAAAAAAACAACCCGCAAAAGGAAGAGAGACCACGACCCCGACCUGUCCGGACCGUCCUCGUCUGGGAGCCGGGGCCGAGGGGACAAAGACGACGAGUGUAAGAGGCAGAGGAAGAGGGGCAGGCCGCCGGUGGAGAAGCUCUCUCCCAAUCCGCCCGCUCUCACCAAGAAGAUGAAGAAGAUCGUGGACGCUGUCAUCAAGUACAAAGACAGUGCGAGCGGACGUCAGCUCAGCGAAGUCUUCAUCCAGCUUCCGUCUCGCAAAGAGCUGCCGGAGUAUUACGAACUUAUACGCAAACCUGUGGACUUCAGGAAGAUAAAGGAGAGGAUCAAGAGCCAUCGCUACCGCACUCUGGGGGACCUGGAGAGAGACGUCAUGCUGCUGUUUCAAAACGCUCAAACCUUCAAUUUGGAAGGUUCACUUAUUUACGAAGACUCGAUCGUGCUUCAGUCCGUGUUCACGAGUUUGAGACAGAAAAUCGAGAAGGAGGAGGAGAGCGAGGGAGAGGAUAGUGAGGAAGACGAGGAAGAACAAGAGGAGGGGUCAGAAUCAGAAGCGCGUUCAGUGAAGGUCAAGAUCCGCCUGGGAAGGAAAGAAAAAGGAGGAGAAAAAGGAAAAGGACGCAGCCGACGACCGGGGCGAACGCGAGCCAAGCCUGUGGUCAGCGAUGAUGACUCGGAUGAAGAGCAAGAAGAGGAGAGGACCCCCAGUGCCACUGACGAAGAGGCCUAAGCUCCUCCGUGACAUUUGGGAGCGAAAAGGUUGGAUUCAGACGGUCAGAGUGGGUCAAAGUGUCCACCGUAGACUGUAUAUAUAACGUUCUUUAUACAGUCUACGGUGUCGAUUAAACAUCAGGUCACUUCACUGAUUACUCGACUCUGAAGUGAAACCAUGAUCCCACUUCUACAAAAUGUCGUUUUAUGAGAUUUCGAGGAGUUAACGUCCAACACUGCUGCUAAAGCUGCUCCCGAUCGUGUAAAUGAAUCGUUUAAUCAGUGUUUACUCAAAUUAUUACAACCAACGUUUUCCUGUUUUCCCUGUUUUUAGGUAGUGAUAUUAAUAUUUAUGUUAUUAGUAGUUCCUCGCACACUUCUUCUUCUUCUUCUUCUUCUUCUUCUUCAACCAAAAUAUGAAGGGAUGCUCCACACAGGGUAGUGUUGUUGUGUUCAUAUCCAGACUUUACGUUACUACGACAUCAACAGUGUUUUUGCUCCCGCUUCACCACGGCAGCGGCGUUGGCGUUGGCGGCGUUGGCGGCAGUACGUUGCAACACUAUCGUCUCGUUUUGGCCCCUGGGAGCUGCUGUAAUCACUGAAGUGUGUGUACAGCGCAUAUUUGUGACCAGCGCUCACUGUUUGACUUGGAAAUGUGGCCUGUGGUUUCCCUGAUUCUAAGGAGCAGUUGAGUAACUUGAUUUGAAUGUGUUUGGGGUGGAUCCUUAUUUAUUAUACUGUAAAUAGAGUCUGGUACUGUUUAAGACGAGUCCACUUUGCUGCUGCUGCUUCUCACUAUUCAACCCCAAACUGCUGAUUGUAGAAUUACCACAUUUCAUUACUGAGUGCUGUAAGUUUAACUGCUUCCCUGUCGUGUGGUGAUUUUGUGUUUCAGACGUGUUCAGUGUAAAUGAGCACUUUUUAUCGUUUUGAGUUUGAAGAAAAGGGGCAGAGGGACGGCGGCGGCUCCUCUCUGCUGCCUCUGUGCUGGUGGAUAUUUUAUUGUACUUUGUAGAAAAUGCCAUUGCACGUGUGCGGCGCUCCUUUGGCACUGUACUUUAGUCCUUAGACGUUUAGAGAAAAGAGCAUACAACCAAAGCGUACACUUUUUCUCCACAUAUUUAUAUCUGUGUGUUAUGUAGUAGUGUGUUAAUGUUGCUGCAGCUCAAGUGUAUUAAAGCAUAACGAUUUAGUAAACGAUUUAAC